UGAUUCAAUAUUACAGUUAUUGAAAACAUAACUCAGAAAACAUGAAAACCCUGUACUUAUUUUUAAGACAAACAACAGAAGUCGUCCGAGAAAACUCAGAGAUGUCUAAAAAUCGAAACUACCCUCUGUAGUCUGAAACUCUGAACCAACUUCCUCGAUUCGAUCGACAAUCGUCACAAUCCAGUCACAGUUGCAGGUAAUUUGAAGAUUUACUGUGGAGUAGAUCAUUCUUUAAUAGCAUGAAUUACAUCCUUGGAGCUUUUAAGCCAGCAUGCCACAUUGUAAUCACAUUUUCAGAUGGGAAGUCACGCAAGCAGGUCCCAAUGAAAAAGGAAAAUGGCCAAACGGUAAUGGUCCCCCUCUUCCAAAGUCAAGAAAAUAUUGUUGGGAAGAUAUCAAUUGAACCAGUAUCAGGAAAGAAGGUUGAACACAAUGGUAUCAAAGUCGAGCUGCUUGGUCAGAUAGAAAUGUACUUUGAUAAAGGGAACUUCUAUGACUUUACGUCUCUGGUUCGGGAGCUAGAUGUUCCAGGUGAAUUAUACGAAAGGAAAACAUACCCAUUUGAAUUUUCAACUGUUGAAAUGCCGUAUGAAGCAUAUAAUGGAACAAAUGUUCGUCUUAGGUACAUCCUCAAAGUGACAAUCAGUCGAAGCUAUGGUGGCAGCAUAGUGGAGUACCAGGACUUUGUGGUGCGGAACUAUAGCAUACCUCCAUCAAUUAACAAUAGUAUUAAGAUGGAAGUUGGUAUUGAAGAUUGUCUUCAUAUUGAAUUUGAGUACAACAAGAGCAAGUAUCAUUUGAAAGAUGUUAUUAUAGGAAAAAUAUAUUUCCUUCUCGUGCGAAUAAAGAUAAAAAAUAUGGAUCUUGAGAUCAGGCGAAGAGAAUCUACAGGUUCAGGGGUGAACACUCAUGUUGAGACAGAGACCCUGGCAAAGUUUGAGUUGAUGGAUGGUGCUCCUGUCAGAGGUGAAUCCAUACCCAUCAGACUCUUCCUGAGUCCGUAUGAGUUGACACCAACUUACAGAAACACCAACAAUAAAUUCAAUGUGAAAUAUUAUUUGAACCUUGUUCUUGUUGACGAAGAAGACCGUCGGUAUUUUAAGCAGCAGGAAAUCACACUGUACCGCCUUGCUGACUCAUCCUGAUUCUCAUUCACAAAUCAAACUGUUAUUUAUCUUGCAUGAUUUUUUUUAAAAUCUUUUUACUUUUUUGACACCCAUGAGAUUAGACAGCUUUCAGUUAGUAUUUAUUGCUACCUAUUAUAUAUUUAGUUUGUAAUUGCAUUUGAGGAAAAAAUGGGCUGCUUAUAUUUAGUGUUGCUUCAAUUCGGUUCUUGAAUAUUUCCUUAUUUAUUAUUACGUGUUAUUUCGUACAAAAUUGUGUGUUUUGUGGUCAAGGAAAAAGAAAAAAACUACAUUCUUCCUCAAACAUUAUUGACAAAUGCAUAUAAAUUUCAUGUUUGCGAA